GCAACGCGUCUUUACUAAGCAGAUUCUUUGUGCGUGAUACCUAUUCUUUAUUCUCUCUCUACGCCUUUAUAUAUCUAUAUAUCUAUAUAUAUAUAUAUAUAUAUGAACGAAGAGUGAGAUUGUGGCCGCUUAUCAGCAACACACACUCACUCACUGUCCGCAGUUUAGGGUUUUAGAGAGAGAGAGAGAGAGACAGAGUUGAUGGCCGAAGAUUGUGGGGUUUGUUCAGUUCCAUCUGCUGAUUUGCCCGUGAAGAGGCCGCGAGAGGACGAAGAGAAAGGUGUCUCUGUUUCUGGUGCAAUGGAGGACGACAACAACAACAAAGAACCGGAGUACAUGUCAUCUGUUAUUCCCGGGUGGUUCUCUGAGAUCAGCCCAAUGUGGCCUGGAGAAGCACAUUCGUUGAAGGUGGAAAAAAUCUUAUUUCAAGAGAAGUCUGAAUACCAGAAUGUUAUGGUCUUCCAGUCUUCAACAUAUGGGAAGGUUCUUGUUUUGGACGGGGUGAUUCAACUCACAGAGAGGGAUGAAUGUGCAUAUCAAGAAAUGAUCACUCAUCUCCCACUUUGUUCAAUUCCCAACCCAAAGAAGGUUUUGGUUAUUGGAGGAGGAGAUGGUGGUGUCUUGCGUGAAGUGUCUCGCCAUUCUUCCAUUGAGCAGAUAGAUAUUUGUGAAAUUGAUAAGAUGGUAGUUGAUGUUUCUAAACAAUUCUUUCCUGAUGUAGCUGUUGGGUAUGACGAUCCACGAGUGUCACUUCAUAUCGGUGAUGGAGUUGCCUUUUUGAAAGCUGUCACUGCAGGAAGUUAUGAUGCCGUCAUAGUGGAUUCUUCUGACCCGAUAGGUCCUGCACAAGAACUUUUUGAAAAGCCUUUCUUCGAGUCAGUAGCAAAGGCUCUCCGUCCUGGAGGGGUUGUGUGUACUCAGGCUGAGAGCAUAUGGCUUCACAUGCACAUAAUUGAAGACAUUGUUGUAAACUGCCGCCAGAUAUUCAAAGGCUCUGUCAACUAUGCAUGGACUACAGUUCCCACAUACCCAAGUGGUGUAAUUGGUUUCAUGCUUUGCUCAACUGAGGGGCCAUCGGUUGAUUUCAAGCAUCCAGUCAACCCGAUAGAUGCCGAUGACUGCCAUUGCAAAUCAAAAGGACCGUUGAGAUUCUACAACUCAGAGAUUCAUUCAGCAGCUUUCUGUUUGCCAUCUUUCGCCAAGAAGGUGAUUGAUUCCAAAGCUAAAUGAGGAAAAGUUUUUGGAGCACCUAAAAAGGGGCGGCAUUUUAGAGUUCCGGCUCUCAUCCACACUAAUGGUCCAUUCAGUUACAGACCACAGAAUAAGAUGAGGUUUGAAUUGAUUUCCUUUGUAGGAACGCAAUGGGAAGAAUUGUAUGAUUAUUGAUUAGCUUAUCGAUCAAUGUCUUUCUCAUAACUCGUACUUGAAUGACAUUGGCAGUUAAUUUAUUACAAAUAGCAGUUUUAUAUAUGAUACAUUUGUCAACA